AUCUCUUUUAUAGCAUACAUCUGUACUUAAUUAGUCGCAUUUAAAAUCAUAACUAUGCAUGACCUAUUAAUGAACUAUAUCAAUUUAAUAUAAAUAGAAGACAAUCUUUAUAAACAGGACACUUAACUUUAGCGAUCCGUAGAGACACUAGAAAUCUUGAGAAAAUAAAAAUUAAAAAAUAAAUAAAUCAUGGGAGUUGAUUUCAUCGCAGUAUUAUUAUUUAUUUGUAGUUGUUAUAGCUUGGUAGCGACAGAUGAAGAAGUGUUUUGCCCAUUUCCCUAUGACAUCCCACAUGGGACAUUUAAUCGUGACCUCAUAGCAUAUGAUGGCGUCAGACCAAGCACCAGAAUCUUUUACAAAUGCGACCCCUGCUUCCAAAUGAUUGGUCAAAACAAAAGGUUUUGCAAUAAAAGAGGUCACUAUACAAGCGAUCCUCCAAUAUGUGUAGAUAACGGGAAAUGCAAAGACUUCGACAAAAUUGCCAUCGAAGAGAGUGAAAUGUUCAGAGAAUGUGUCAUGAGAUACUCAGCCCUUCCGGAGAAGGCAAGUAAGGAAGAACGCAAGAAGCUUUACAAUAAGUGUGCGAUAGCUAAACUUGUGGCCGCCAAAGCCAUUCGAAAAAUGGAUGAAAAAACGAAGGAACUAGAACCAGGGGUACAACAUGACUAUAUUCCGGAAGCAGACAACAUAAAGCAAACAUUUCAAAAAAUUCGGAUGCUGUUCAAAAAACAUAAAAAAUUGCACAUAACAGAGAACAAUUACCAAAAAUUGGAUUCAAGAAUAUUUAAUAUUUUCAAAUAUUUAAAUAAUAAUUUUAUAUAAUGAGUACAAUUUUCCUUAUACAUCUACCUAUACACAAAAUGUAUUACGAACUUUAAUCGGUGUGUUCGUUUGCUAAAUGUUUAGUCAAGGGCUUAAAUUCAUAUAUACAUGUAAAUACAUCAAUGUUUUUUGUUUAUAUACUGUGCAUAUUUUAUAUGUAUAUACUGGUAUAUAUAAUAGUCUACUUUUGUGUCUGUCACUCACUUUCAAACAUCUUAUAAUCCUUUGCAAAUGAACACCAAAUAUUUAUCUCAAUUUCCAAAAGAAAUGAAUUUUAGAGAAUUGACCAAUUAUAUCAAGUUUUAUAUCAAUUUGCAAAUAGCAUUGGGAAAGUUGAAGUGAUUGUUAAAGAGCAUUUCAAUAUAUAUUAAUAAUAAUAAAUCAAUAUAUAUAUUAAUAAUAAAUCAAUAUAUUGAUCAUUUUUAUUUUGUAUUUACAAAAUAUUGCUUGAUGAACAUGA